AUGGUCAAUCACCAUCAACAUUCUAAUUCUUUAUUUGUUCCAGAGUUGGAAAUCAAUAGAAAUGGCUAUGAAGGUCGGUUGGGUUGGACGAUUCUUUGGAGGACGAGAGAGAUUUGGACAUGGCAGAUCGUAGGGCUACAGAGAUUGAGCUUGAUACCAUGGAGGGUUUUGCGUAGGGCUACAGAGAGAUUGAUCUUGGUUGAUAGGCCAUAUACUUCCUCCUUCACCGCAUUUCUCUACUCAUUCUUAUCACCAGGAAGAUCAGAAAAUGAGUCUGAAUAUUCAGAAUGGAACGAAAACCAAGUGGUAACUAGCUACAGAAAUGACACAUCAUCCCCAAACGUUUCAAAAGACAACAAUGGAAAGAAAGGUCUAUUCUCUAAGGGCAAACAGUCACUCAGCAAGGCUCUUUCACAAGCUGCUAGGUUUAGUGGAACCUUCACAACUUAUGACAGAAAUACACGUUCUGAUCUUUAUGUUGCACUCCCUGUUCUCAGUCAAGGAAAGAAAUGGGUCUUACUAUACAGUACAUGGAGGCAUGGCAUAUCUCUUUCAACCUUAUAUAGAAGAAGCAAUCUUUACCCUGGGUUAAGUCUACUGGUUGUUGGAGAUCGUAAAGGUGCAGUGUUUGGUGGUUUAGUUGAGGCACCUUUGAAACCAUCAACAAAGAAAAGAUACCAGGUAUCGAAUGAUACAUUUGUGUUUACAAAUACACCAGGGCGUCCUGUUAUAUAUCGCCCCACAGGGGUGAAUCGGUAUUUUACUCUUUGUUCAACUGAGUAUUUAGCGCUUGGUGGGGGAAAUCAUUUUGCAUUGUAUCUCGAUAGUGACUUAUUGAAUGGGUCAAGUUUGGCCUCAGAAACUUAUGGUAACUCUUGUUUGUCACACACCCAAGAAUUUGAAGUGAAGGAAAUUGAGCUGUGGGGGUUUGUAUAUGCUUCAGAGUAUGAAGAGGCGAUAUCAAUGUUGAGGACAGAAGCACCUGGGAUAUGUCGAUGGUUUAUAUUGCCCCUGAUUCUGCCUGGUAUAAAAUGCCAAAGUCUACAAGGUGAGCUUUGUGGUUGGACAUGCUUUUACAUUGGUGUGGCUGCUGUUGCUUUUGGAUGCUCUUAUUAUCACCUCAAACCAAAUGAUGGUCACCUUGUUUGGGAUCGUUUUCCUGUUGAUGCUAAGUUGAAGGCUGCAGUUGAGAAAGAGGUUGGUAGGAUAAGAGGUUUGGUUGGAUUAGCUUUUUCCACAGCACAGAAGGAUCCACCAGGAACAGGAAAAACACAAACAAUUUUUGGGCUUCUUAGUGCCAUAUUACAUACCAACUGA